GUUAAGGACAGAUAUGUUACCUUGUCAUUGGUGGAAAAAUUUCAGACGUCGCAGGAAAGAUUUUCUUUGUAUAAAAUCGAAUUAAUUAAAUUUCCUAUAAUAGUAACAACCAAAUCGGUGUUCUACUUUAGUAGAGCAUUGUUAUAGAAGCAAGGGAGUCUCAGCUGAUGUAUAAUAGCUGUGAAAAUUAAGAGAACUUUUGUGAGGCAAGUGUUGAAAAUCGAUUUUUGUUUAUUUUCUCUGCGAAUUUGCCGACUGUCGAUGUCUUUCAAACUCCGCCGAGUUAGCAAAUUACACAUAAAAUUAAAAAUUUUCUUACGAAUAAACAUUUUUACGUCAGUGUGCUAACAAAAGGAGAAACUGCAAGUAGAGCUGUAUCUAGUAAUUUGCUGCAAAGGUACACGACACUAGUAUCAAACUGGUAACGAACUAAAUCCAAGAAAAUGGCACAUUCGAUGCACACAGAACGCAGCAUUCAUGAAAUGCUCAAGGACACACCACCUAUGAAUGAAAGUGCCAGCGCCAUACACAGCGGAACGGAAGGCCGACCUUUUAUGCCACCAAAUAGUCUACCACUUCAUAAUCAUUCGGCACCUGCCACACCCAUGGCACAAACCAGUCCACAAAAUGGCAUGGAUGCGGGUCUGCUACGUACGGGAGCAUCUAAAAUCGACAGCAUAAAGAAUUGGAGCAUAUCAACUUACAAAUGUACUCGCCAAAUAAUGUUAGAAAAACUGGGUAAAUCACAACGCACCGUUGAUUCAGAGUUAGAAGCUCAAAUCGAACAGUUGCGGGAGACACAGCGCAAAUAUCUUUCGAUUUUACGAUUAACGCGCGCCUUUAGUUCACAUUUUCAUCAUGUAGUUGCAACACAACAUGCGCUGGCCGAAGCAUUUGCAGAUUUAGCACAGAAAAGUCCAGAACUGCAGGAGGAGUUCACUUGUAACUCGGAAACACAACGAAAUCUUACGAAAAAUGGCGAAUUGCUCUUGAGUGCGCUGAAUUUCUUUAUCUCUUCGGUAAAUACAUUGUGCAAUAAAACUAUUGAUGACACAUUGCUCACGAUUAAGCAAUAUGAAACGGCAAGAGUGGAGUUCGAUGCAUAUCGCAUGGAUUUAGAGAAUGCCAAACCCGAAUUGCCACAAAGUCCAAUCACUGAAGAAGCGCAAAAAAACUUUUCACAUCAUAAAGAACUUUAUGAAAAGUUGCGUGCUGAUGUGGCAGUAAAAAUGCAAUUUCUCGACGAGAACAGGAUUAAAGUGAUGCACAAACAGUUGGUGCUGCUACAUAAUGCAAUUGCGGCGUACUUUUCCGGCAAUGCUGUUGCUCUUGAGAGCACAAUAAAACAAUUUAACAUUAAAUUAAAAGCGCCUAAUGCCUCGACUGGGUCCUGGCUGGAGCAGUAGUAUUUCUAAAUAACUGUCCCUUAAAGCACCCAGCGGUCAUAUGCAACUAUAAGCUAGCAUAUAAAAUAAAAUACCUUGUCGAAAAGCAAACUAAGGGAAGAAUAUUGAGUGCGAUAUACAUACAUCUUAAGCUAACUGCAUUGGAAUGAAUUUUCUAAUUAAGCAUAACUAAGGUAACGGAUAUAAAAUUUGGUUGAAAACGUAUAGAUAACGUGCAUACAUAGAUGUAUCUAAAUGUACUCUUCAUUGCUUUUCCCGUAAUUUUCAAUAACUAAUGAGAAAAAAAGAUAAUGAAAUCAAUUUGUAAGAGAGAAAGCAGCACCACAUAACAAGUUAGUAUUCUAAGAACACAUAAUACAAUAGUUCCUCAGUUUCUCCUGAUCAAGUAAAAUCACUAAUUAUGAUUUAAACUGGAAAAGUUUGGUUAGGGUGUUUGUUUUAAUACUUCUAACUUAAAAUGAGAAUCACAUAACUCGAAUUUUGGUUAAUAUUUCUUUUACU